GUGGGGAAUCCGAUCCGAGGAACCAAGUCACUUAUUUCCGAAUCGUUUUUAAAGCACUGAACGACAUUUCAAAUUUACGUAAAAGUUACAUCGUCGUUUCGUAUUUGUGGAGGCAUGUGGAGUGUCGGUGUGGAUGGCAGCAGUGGAGUGCGUGUGGAUGUGGGUAGCACGUGGCAAUUCCCACAUGGCACCUCCGGCGGCCUGCCACGAGCGGCACGCGCCCGGGAGUGUAUGGCCGCUGCACGAAGGUCGGCACGGCAGUAAACGUUGAGCCGCGGGUGGAGUUGGUCGUGCCGCGGCGGUGUCCUGCAGCCUGAGUGGCGCCGCAGCCUGCAGUGUUGUGACCCGGGACUCUGGCGCUGCGCUGCCCUUCCCUCCCCUCCGAGUGUCAGUGUGUGUUUCAGCUCCACUCUGCGUCAGUCCGCCACCCCCAUGCAGUACCGCGACCACCAGAUGGCCACGCCCCCGUCCGUCGUCAUGUCUUCUGCAAAGCAGGUCAAUGCCUCCACCCCCGCGCCUGAUGAGCGAAGCCCUGGCGGCCUCGUUACGCUGUCCUCGCCCCGCUCCGCCAGGUACCCUGCCUCGCCCCUGCUGGUGUCUUCGCCACCUCACGCGGCCCACGGUCACCACCUGGCCUCUUCGCCUGUGCGCCCCGCCCCGCCCACCCCCUCCUCCCCACUGCACGCCACGCACGGUCCUCUCAUGUCCUCCCCACAGGCCGGGGCGCCCCUCCCGCCCUGCAGAGCAGCAAGGCUUCCUGCGGAAUGCAGACCACAGGCAGCCUACAGCUCGCACCGCCUUGCCCCGAUCUCUCCCCCGCCAAGGAGAAUCCCAGCCAGGCCGCACCUUCUCCCAACGUGCCUCAGCAGGCGGCGGCGUCCAAGGGGCGCUGCUUCUCCGUGUUGCUGGAUGACAUGGGCGUGGCGCCCCUCAAGGAGGAGGACUUCACCGACGACUCCCUAGAGGACGAAGAGGAGGAGGAGCUGCAGUCUGAGAGCGGCGCCGAGCGGGAGGAACACCAGCGGAGGAAGAGUGAUGGGGACGUGCGGCGCCGCAAACCUGGCGCGGCCCGUGGCGGUGGGCGUGGGCGGGACAGAAGCCCCCACCACGUCGCCCGCCUUCGCCGCACGCGUCGCAUGAAGGCAAACGACCGCGAGCGGCACCGCAUGCACAUGCUAAACAACGCGCUGGACCGCCUGCGCACCGUGCUGCCCACGGCGCCGGACGACACCAAGCUCACCAAGAUCGAGACGCUGCGCUUCGCCCACAAUUACAUCUGGGCGCUGAGCGAGACGCUGAAGGGCCUGGACUCCCAUCCCGCCCCGCACCAGCAGCACCUCAGCCUCAGCGUGGGCGUGACUGGUGGCCCUGUGUCCCAGCAGGCCCCGCCCGACGUGCCCAUAUACCAGGCGGGACCGAUAGGCCCCGCCGGCCCCUACUGCAGCCAGGGGAACGAGGGUGAGCUGUGGGGCCCCACCAGCGUCAGUGUGGGCGGUACCUUCAGCCCCGGCGCUCCGCACGGCCAAUACAUGCACUACCCCAGUCUGCCUUACCAGUGCCUGUGACCAGCACGCCGUCGUGCCCUCGGCCGCCGGUAACCCGCCACGCAGUGCCUGACACAACCGCCGCCCUGUGAUGUGUCGCCUUCCCUCAGCGCGCCUGUGCUGCAGGAACUACCAGAAGAGAGUUAUUUAUCUGACAACAUGUUGCUCAAUGUUUUGUCUUGUCCAGUGCUGUGCGCGCCGCCGCCAGCACGCCCGCCCUCACUCCUUCCUUCCCUUCUGCCCAGGUGUUGCUGUGCCGAGUCAGGCUUUGGAAUGAAACUCCUAAGUAACACUCAUGGCUCACAUACGCUGUGUCCCUCCCCGUCCCCAGCCCCCAUUACUGGCGUGCCUCAGGGCGUCACCUGGCUGUCUCCUGAGCUCCUGAAGGAGUUGCCGCUCCCCAGUACUAGUCAAGCCGCGGCCUGAGUGCCUUGUGCCGCCUCACCGCCGCGUCGUCCACUGCAGCAGCGCCGCCACGUGAAGGAUACGUAGCCUUCCUGUGGCUGUCAGUUCCUCUCACCUUGACGAGUGUGUGUUUGGAUGGUCACGUGUGCCGCACCUGUGUGUCCCGCCCAACGCGGCGCCAGAUACCUGCCUCAACACUACUUAAUUACUUAAUUACUUACUAUGGUAACGCCCCGCUCCGCCCCGCACCGCCCGCCAUGCAGGGCUGCGUGCCGGGGCGAGCAGCGUCCACACCCGCCCAUUGCGAGUCACAAUACUUAAGGGCGUCUGUCUGUCGGCGACGCCCUCUGAUCUCAUUUUAGACUUAAAGAAUAACGCGACGCGAUUACGAGGAAAGUGUGUGUGUGUGUGUGUGUGUGUGUGUGUGUGUGCGUGCGUGCAACUUGAAGUAUAGUGAAGUGUGACUGUGUAUACUGUAAGUGUGUGUGACAGACUUGCUCUUUCCACAAACAAACAAGAGAGUUGUAAAUAGUGUAUAGUUCUAUUUUGUAUACUUCUUUGUAAAUAUUGUAGUUUUGUAAUAAAAUCACGACACUGGA